GUUACAAGACUUUUUUUCUUUAUGACAAAGACACAAUUAUAGUUAAACCAGCGCAUAAUUUUGUCUUUUUAAAGAAAAAAAUCAAAAUGAAAAUGACUUGGAUUUCAAUUAUUAGUUUGGUAUUUCUCAGUGCUUUGAAGAAUGGAGAUGCAGUUAUUACUGGUUGGACCGUGCCAUCAAUAACCGGGGCUGAUGGAUCAGGAACGCUCUCCAUUCAAGAAGAUCAGACAACUAAUGCAAAGAUUGAAACAUAUGUAGCAACCUCGGUGUCUGUACCCGUUGCAUACUCUCUAGUAACACCUGUUACUCCAUUUGCUUUAUCUACGACUGGUGAGCUAACAAUAACAGCUGCGCUGGACUUUGAAACAGAGAAAUCUUACACUUUAGAAGUCAAAGCUGUAGAUGAUAAUGCAGAUGUUGGAACUGCAACUAUCGCAGUUACUGUUACAGACGUAGCUGACACUCCAGUAUUCUCAACCACAUAUGCUCCAUGUAUACUUGACGGUUCACAAGAGGAUGCAAUAUUAACAACAGUUACAGCCACGCCUGUAAAUAGUGCCAACACAGUGACAUAUUCAAUUUCUGGUGGCAACACUGGGUCUGCUUUUAAAAUUGAUACUACAUCAGGACUUAUACAAGUUGCAGCAGGAAUUACCUUAGACAAAAAUACAGAAGCGACAUUUGACCUUGAAGUUACAGCUAUAGACAAUGCUGCUUCGCCUAACACUGGGACGACAACAGUAUCUGCUACAGUUAAAGACGUCUGCGACAACGGUUCCUCUUCUGUUACAUUCAGUGCUUUCUUGCUUCUUCUUUCCUUCCUGGUAGCCAAGGUGUAAAGGAAACAAAGAACAUUUGAAAAAAAAGGAACAACGAUAAUGAUUUUUCUUCUUCUCUUUCUAUCAUUUACGUAUUUGUCAUAAUAUUUGUUUAUUGUAUUGUGUUUUUUUCUCUUAUAGAAAUAAUUGUGAGUUAAAGACAUGUUAACAAAGAAAGGACAUAUCAUACAGUUUCCAACAUGAGCUUUAAUUAUAUAAGAGCAAGUCACAUUCAGUCUAUUCAAAUAAAUUUCUGUACAAAUCAAACUUCAAUUACACUUUCAUAUCUUACAAAUAAUCAUAACAUUUUAACCGAUUUUUUCAUUCGAUAUGAACAAGAUAC